UGUUCGUAACUAUCACAACCGCUAGAACAGAGUUACAUAGCAAACCCAAGUGUCUCCCUCUCCAUGGAAUUCGAACCGUUUCUCGCACUAUUUAAUCUUUUCCCGAUUUCAAAAUUCUUGCAAAACUAAAACCAUGGAGAAGAAGAAUGGUAGAAUGGUGUAUUUAGGAGUUCAAACGUGUAAAAAACCCGCUCAUCGAAAUCGGAAAGGGCUGCUCUUGGACAAAGUUUUAGCCUACCUCAAAACUGAUUGCUAUAUGUAUGCACCUCUCCUCUCUCUUCCGCCGUCUGGUUUUGCCGAGCCAAUGCCUAUCUUCUCCUCUGCUACAGAAUCCAGUAAGGGAAGGGAGAAUGGUUUCUCAAAGAAGGUUGAGGAUUAUAUGAAAUCUGAUUCUUACAUGUAUUCUUCAAUGGUUUCUCCGCCACCUAGUCCUUCUCUUGGUAUGUAUUCUAGUACCUAUCUUCCGAUUUUCUUUUAUUUGUUUUCGAAGGAUUGGAGUAUAAUUGUAUAA